UUCAUCAGUGUUCUGAAAACUUUUUCCGAUACACAAAAUCGGAGGAAGAAGAAGAUGAAGCUCAAAGUGUAUGCGGAUAGGAUGUCACAGCCAUCUCGUGCUGUCCUCAUAUUCUGCAAGGUUAACGAAAUCCAAUUCGACGAGAUUUUGAUUUCCUUGGGGAAACGUCAACAGUUAUCCCCUGAAUUCAAAGAAAUUAACCCAAUGGGGAAAGUUCCAGCUAUUGUUGAUGGCAGACUUAAGCUAUUUGAGAGUCACGCUAUAUUGAUAUAUCUUUCCUCAGCAUACGCAAGUGUAGUUGAUCAUUGGUACCCGAAUGAUCUUUCCAAAAGAGCCAAGAUUCACUCCGUUUUGGAUUGGCAUCACACCAAUUUACGCCCUGGUGCAUCUGGAUAUGUUCUGAAUAGCGUUCUAGCUCCAGCUCUUGGUCUUCCACUGAAUCCGAAAGCAGCUGCUGAAGCUGAGAACAUACUAACAAACUCUCUGUCCACUCUAGAGACUUUUUGGCUUAAGGGCAGUGCCAAGUUUUUACUCGGGGGCAAGCAACCAUCUAUAGCUGAUCUCAGCCUUGUAUGUGAACUUAUGCAGCUGCAGGUUUUGGAUGACAAAGAUCGUCUUAGAUUGCUUAGCCCUCAUAAGAAAGUUGAACAAUGGAUUGAGAGUACGAGAAAAGCGACAAUGCCUCACUCUGAUGAGGUCCAUGAGGUCCUUUUCAGAGCCAAAGAUAGAUUUCAGAAGCAGCGAGAGAUGGCAACCGCAUCUAAACCGGGUCCUCAAUCUAAGAUUAUCCAAUUUAGUAGUAUUGGUGGGACGAGUGAUGGUCCAAACCUCGUUCAAGACACAACCGAUCGUAAAGCUCGAAGACGCAAAUGGAGUCCACCUGACGAUGUCAUUCUCAUUAGUGCUUGGUUAAAUACUAGUAAGGAUCGUAAAGUUGUCGUUUAUGAUGAACAACAAGCACAUACUUUUUGGAAGAGAAUUGGUGCACAUGUUUCAAAUAGCGCUUCACUUGCAAAUCUACCAAAGCGAGAGUGGAAUCACUGCAGGCAAAGAUGGAGGAAAAUUAACGACUACGUCUGCAAAUUUGUUGGAUGUUAUGAUCAAGCUUUGAAUCAAAGAGCUAGUGGUCAAUCUGAAGAUGAUGUUUUCCAAGUUGCAUACCAAUUGUACUACAACAAUUACAUGAGUAAUUUCAAACUUGAGCAUGCAUGGCGGGAGCUCCGACACAAUAAAAAAUGGUGUAGUACAUACACCUCUGAAAAUUCUAAGGGGGGUGGAAGCUCAAAGAGAACAAAGUUGAAUGGAGGUGGUGUAUAUUCUUCAAGCUGUAAUCCGGAGAGUGUGCCUAUAGCUCUAGAUGGAGAGGAGCAAGUUAUGGAUCGCCCUCUUGGUGUGAAGUCGUCAAAGCAAAAAGAGAAGAAAGUUGCUACUAAAACAAUGCUUGAAGAAAGGGAGGCCGAUUCUAGAUCAAGACUUGAGAACUUGUGGGUACUAGAUGAAGAGGAGCAAGUUAUGGAUCUUCCUCUUGGUGUGAAGUCAUCGAAGCAGAAAGAGAGGAAAGUUGCUACUAAAACAAUGAUUGAAGAAAGGGAGGCAGCCAAUUUUCGAUCAAGACUUGGGAACUUGUGGCUACUAAAGGAGAAAGAAGAAAGGGAGGCAGAUUCCCGAUCAAGACUUGAGAACUUGUGGGCACUGAAGGAGAAAGACAUAGAAGAGCAAAAGAAACUAACAAGGAUGGAAGUCCUUAAAAGUCUUCUUGGAAGAAGAACAGGUGAAACUUCUGAAAAGGAAGAAACUUUGAAGAACAAGCUCAUUGAUGAGAUGCUCUAAUCUCUAUGUUCUCGUUGUAUUUAUCUCUUUAUUUUCUCUAUGUUUAUCUCACUAUCAACUUAGUGACAGGCUAUAGACGGCUUUUCUAGAAAUAGAUACUAACUGAAUCUUCCUUAACUAUGUUCAACGUUUGUUUCACUCUCCAGUUCAGGUAGGAAACACGUUCCCUCUUUGUUUCUCCGUAAGAAGUCGAACAUUGUAACUUCACACUCUCGCUCUGUUUCUCUGUAAGGUCACUGUUCCCUCUCUGUUUCACUUUAACUUAAGGUAGGAAACUUGAAACUGUCUCCUUUUAUCAUCACUUCCCUUUGAUUUCUCUCAUGUCUCCCUUUUA